UGUAAAUAUGGCCGAGAGACAAUCGAGUGAUCAACCACAUUCACAUGAUACUCGAACACAUUCUCCUCAACCGCCCACUAAGGAUGAUAUGAUCGGAUAUGUUAUGGCAUUGGAGGCUGCUUUACUCCCAUGUCUUCCUGCACAAGAGCUUCAAGCUAUCGAUCGAUCUCCCCACCCUUCACAUCAGAUUGAUGUGGAGAGGCAUGCUAGAGAUUUCAUGGAGGCUGCUAAAAAACUCCAACUUUAUUUUAUCGGUUUGCAGCGUGAAGAUCAAUCAACCAACCAAAGAAGAAAUCUCGCGAAAGGAUAUUGCGAUGAUGGAGGAAGAACUGAGGACAAAGACUGAUCUUAUAAAGAAACAGGAAAGAUUGAUUCAGGGAUGGAGAGAAGAGUUUAAAGACCAAUUAGAGAAACAUAAUGCUGAGUUGGAGAGGGUUUGAAUGUAUGAUCACAAUACAAUCUAUUGAUUAAUUUACAUAAGGAGCUUCUAAAUGUUU